AUGGAUGUCAGCUUUAAUGUUUUCUACUUUGAUAUAUUGUCGACACAUGGUUUCUUGACAAGGGGAAACAAUGCGAUUGAAUUGGGGAAGGAAGUUGUGUCCAUCUGUAGAGAGAGAAAGCGCCAGAUCAAACGAGCCGUUGAGAGAAGGUAUGCUCUUGCAGAUGCACAUUACAAGUAUUGUCAAUCUCUUUAUGGAGUCUCGGCGGCCAUAAACCUCUUCGUGGCCCGCCAUUCUCCUCCGCCGCUGUAUAUCACAAUCCCAUCGGUGCCGGAGAAAAAUGCAGUCGUCUCAGACCCUUUACUCCUCAAGCAAAACCCAUCUGAGUCAAGCAAAAAGGUCGUACCUUGCGACUCAUGCAGUUCUUCUAGAAGCUCUGCCUCCGAAGAACACAAGCCCCUCGAAAAAGUGAAAAUAGAAAUAAAAAAAUGA